AUGCAGAUCGAGGCUGCGCCGAUCGUGGUUGCUCCAAGCGGAGAUUUCGUUGGUGACGAUGGCCCUUGGUCCUCGUUCCUCAUCAAUGUCGGUAACCCUCCUCAACAGCUCCAAGUGCUGGUGUCCACCGAGGUUUCGUCAACCUGGGUGGUCGCGCCUGGAGGUUGCGGUCCUGCCUAUCCAGUUAACUGUACGGGAGCUCGAGGUGGAGCGUAUGACUCCACGAAAUCAUCCACCUGGAACGUCAAUGCACUCUACUCGCUUGGGGCGGAGACCAACCUGGGCAACCCAUACAGCGCUAGUUCUCAGAUCGGCAACUUUGGCUACGACACUGUUGGGAUCCCUGGGCAGUCUGAUGUCGCCAACGUAUCCUUGGAUCAUCAAGUGAUAGCUGCCAUUGAAACCAAUACUUAUUACCUGGGCAGCUUAGGCCUCUCGUCUCAGAACAUCACCUUCAGCACAGAUAGUAGCGAUACAUCGCCAAGCUUCCUAGGCUCACUCAGAAAUGAGAACCUGAUUCCAAGCUUGUCUUUUGGUUACACUGCUGGUGCUUCUUACCGGCAAAAUGGUACCAACGGAAGCUUGACAUUAGGUGGCUACGAUGCCUCACGACUCGUCCCCAAUGAUGUCUCUUUUACCUUCGCACCUAUGGUCACGAGGCAGCUUGUCGUUAGCCUACAGUCGAUCACUUACUCCAACUCAACUACCCAAACGCCACUGCUGUCCCAAGGUAUCCUUGCACUCGUGGAUUCAACCGUUCCGUAUUUAUGGCUCCCCGAAUCGACAUGUGAGGCAUUUCAACAAGCAUUUGGCCUCACAUUGGACCCAAUCCACAACUUAUACACUGUCAAUGACAGCAGUCAUGAAGCCAACAUUAAGCAGAACGCCAGCAUUGUUUUUCAACUCUCAAACAGUCUGACUGGAGGAAGUCCUUCGAUCAACAUCACGUUACCUUACGCCAGUUUCGAUCUCGUCGCCACGGCUCCAUUGGUUUCAUCUCAGACCCGAUUUUUUCCUCUACAGCGUGGAAACGACGACACACAAUAUACGCUGGGCCGAACAUUUCUUCAAGAAUCGUUUUUAAUCGUCGACUAUGAACAAUCCAACUUCUCAAUCUCACAGGCAAUUUUCGACACGUCUGCGCCAAGCCAUAUCGUAGCCAUAUCACAUGCCAACAUCACUGGUACCGGUACUACAACCGCCAAUCCAACCUCAAGCAACACUGCCAUCGUCAAGACCACCGACAAUGGCUCCCACGGUAUUGGUACAGGAGCUAUAGCCGGAAUUGCCAUCGCGAUUGUCCUCAUCGCUACUCUCUGCGGUUCCUUCUUCAUCUUCCGGAGUCUUCGUAGAAAGCGCCAAUCCCAAAAACUUGCUAUGGCUCCUGUUGAAGAGCCCAGGGCUAUGUCCGAUAUCGAGAGUGACCACAAGCACGACUUCUCCGAUCAGCCAGAGGUUAAGAAGAAUACCACGACGACCGUCACAGUUGCUGAAGUCCCAAUGACACCCCCGCUUUCCGAAGCUGAUGGUCAUGAGUUCUUCGCUCCCUUCGGAGAGAAGCGACGACCCCAGAGCCGGAUUAUGGAGCUGCCAGCUGAGCCUGUGGAUAGGUCGGAGAUGCCUUCUCCGAGUCCAGAGGAGUUACGAUCUGAGCUUUCAACUCCAGAGCCUAAAUGGAACUAUCCUGAACUACCUUCGCCUGAUCCAAGUCAAGAGCUUCCAUCGCCCAGCUUGAGCUCAACCGACUCCGGUCACCGGUCCCCAAAUCUUGAGCAAAGACGCUCUCCAAGCCUGGAGAACAGACGAUCCGCUCUUACAUCCCCAGAGCCGCGACUCCCUGUCCAACGUCCAGACUCACAACGGGCGGACUCUUCGGAGUCGGAGGCCGGGUGGACAAGGGAUGGUAUGCCUACAGGGCCUUUCCAUCGCCGCUACCAAUCCGACGAGUCGGACAUGCCCUCGACCUCUACUCGACCUCGCCACUCACGUAUGGAUUCAUCCGAUUCCGAGGCCUUUAUCCAUUCCAACCGCAUCGAUGAAUCUUCAGCCGAGUCAGAAUCGCUCUCAUCUUAUAUCCGACCGAAUAUCCUGCAUGUUGACUCCUCGGAACCCGAAAGCCCCAUCUCCCCCCCCUCGAUGUCAUCCUCCGCUUCUCGACAGCGUGACAUUCGCAUGGAUUCCAGCUCCGAAUCCGAAAAUGUUAUCUCUUCAGCCACUCCACGGCGGGGCGGCUUCUCUUCUACCUUUCAUUCUUCAUCCUCCACCCGCCCUGCGACUACAUUCCACUCAUCGUCUUCAUCGCGCCCAGGUAUACGUCGACUGAGCGCUGUGCCCAGACCUGCGACUCAAAGAACGAACACUGGGGAUAGUGACACCUGGGAAACGAGACUCGAAUCGGCUUCUGAGAGUAAUUCAUCAGCUGCUGGCUCGAGAUUCGGGUCGAUCGUUAUAAGACACCAGCAUGGAGAAUCGGCCGGUAAUAUUGAGGCUAGGGAGGGAUUACUGGACGAAGAGAAUGUCACGAGGCACGAUGGACAAAUUUGA